GGCUAAAGCCACGCCCACCCGGAGUAGUGGUGGUGUGAGUUGUCAUUGAAACUGAGCAAAACAUAGGCACACAAGUGUUGACACGUUUUGUAUUUAAAUAGCGCUAUUAUACGCUACCCAUCAGUACAGUGUGUGAAUAGCGUGAGUACUACCGCCAGGCCUAACAUUUUUGUCUACAUAUACACCGCAACGAAAAAAACCUCUCAAAAAAUGACCGACUUCACCGGCAAAUACAAGCUCACCUCGUCCGAUAAUUUCGAUGAGUUUUUAAAGGAGCUC